AGAGCUCGGCGGUGGGCGCGGCGUGGCCGUGGCCCCGUGGGUCGUGGGGCCGGCGGGUCGAGGUAGAGGACACUAUUCAGGGGAGAGCCAGAAAGCUUAUAGCCCAGCUUUGAGUAAAGAUGACUUCCUUGUUCACUCAAGAAAUCCACCUUUCUAAAAGGCAUGAAGAAAUAGUGUCACGAAGAUUAAAGUUACUUCAGAAAAUGAGGACUAAUUUUGGUGAUCAGAACGCAGGCAGGGCAUGUCUCCUCCAAGCCACUGAGACUGCUCUAAAGAGGAACGUCAGCCUCUUGCAGGACAUAGAAGCUGUAGAGAAGUCUUUACAGGCCAGUCUUAAGCCACACCCACAGCCUGCAGUGCGGUCUCUUGAGACUCGUUACUGGGCAUCAGUAGAAGAACAUGUCCCCAAAUGGAAACAGUUCCUUUUGGGAAGAGCCCCGUACCCAAUUGGUGGUGAAAAUCAAACUGAGGCAGGAAACACCAUUCAAAAUGAGGCACAGCGGUAACUUCACGUGUAACUCAGGAAACUAAAAC